AUGGAUUUGAACCGGUCAAUAAUUCGUUCCAAGGUGAGACAAGCGUUGGAGGAGUAUAUGCAGUCGAAUACCAAUAGAUCUGCAAAUGCAGGGGAAACAGGAAGACUGGAAGGUAGUUGUAAAUUAAUUUUUUUUCAGUGUACCACCUAGCUUGCUUAUGCUUUCUUUAAAUGUAUGAACAGACGAGAGCAGAUCUCAAAUCGAAUUAUUUUAGCCGUAAACUUGUUAUUUACAGCUUCCCCACGGAACACAAGUACAAGUGCAACUAGCCAACGGCUAAACUCUGAAAUUGGACAGGUUGUAAACCGUGCCAGGGAUAUUUUAAGAAGCAAUCGAUCGUCAUUCACACGAAAUGCCAGCACGUCGUUUCAGAAUGGCGCCACUAGCGCGUAUCCUAAAAGACCCCGAUUGUCGGGGGCUUCACGUUAUGGAAAUGUUCUUCCCAAGGAUGUGGUUAAAACGGUUGUGCUCUUGGAAAAUUCUGGUUCUUCAAACGAAUAUCCUUUAAAGAAUGAUACCAUAAUGUGCUAUGCUGAGGUGGAUUUCGUCACCACAGAUGACGAACGUCUCAUGCGAAAUAAAAUCGUCGGAGCGUUGAAGACACAAAUACCUGACAUUGCACCGGAUGAUUUUGAAUUUGUUAAAGUCCUCGGCAAAAGAGUCUCUACUCCUGUUGUAGCUGAUGGCUACAACUGGGAUUUUAAGCACGUUAAAAACUUAUGUGGUCAAGGCAAAUUGUAUGUCCGUCUUAACAAACAGCAAGAACAGGAACUGGAAAACAUUUCAGACACAUUUGAAGCCAUCCCUGUGGAAAGGCCUAGUACUAUAAUAGGGGCGUGUCGUCUGUGAAAGAACCUGCCUGUCAAUCUGAGACAGAUGACGAGGUAUUUACAUGUAUUUGUGUGAUGUCAAAAGUUUUUUUGAGCUGUUAGUAUUGUCUUACUCUAAAAUUCUUAGCCAGACAUUCUAUUACAUGCUACCAAAAAACACAAACAAACAAACAAACAAACAAAACGUUAUCACACUGCAAUGCGGCCAAAAUGAGAUAUUUUGUAUGUUUUCAUCAAACUGCCAGAUCAACUGUGUCAGAUAAAUUUGGAAAUAGGGCAACAUCACUAGGACAUAACCGAGGCAAAUUUUACCAGUCAUAUAUGAAAUAACCCUUGUAAUGAGAAUAUUGCUUCAUUUUCUUUUUACCAAUGUUUUCGGAAUGGCAUAAGAUGUCUUCGUCAGAUGUUUCCACAACACGAUGAGGACUAUCUAAAAGAAAUAUACAGUGGUUCUUUAGACCUUCCAGAUGCAAUUGAUGAAGUUUUGAAGAGUGAAAAGGAGCAAGGUUAAAAGUGUUUACUUUAUUUAAAGAAGUGUGGGUUUUGCAAAAAGAAGGUAAAUGACCUUUGGAAAAAUGAUAUGCCUAUUACUGUGUUACAGUUUGAUUUUUACGGUUUGAUUUUUAAGAAAUACAAUCUCGUUCCAAGAGCCCACGUGUCUUUUGAUCAGCACGAAGACAAAGAGCUCUGGAUUAAUCGAUUUCUAGUCCAAGGUUUUAGGACUUUUUCACAGCGCAUGCGUUGGCGCUGACCAAAAGACAUGUGGGCUCUGUGAGUGAGAUUGUAAGAAAUACGCAUGAACACUUAAAUCAGUUGAAAUGUUAUCUUUCAUUUUGAGAAAUGAGGGUGGUUACACACUUUGACUGGGUUUGAUGUAGGAGUUUCCAGGGUAUUACCACAUACAUGCCCCACAGUAUCACCAUAAAGCUAAGUGAUGAUACACAGGAUGGAAGAAAGCUGAAACAUUAUUUGUCUUUUUUAGCAGUUUCUCUUGCAGAAGUACUACAAAGUUUUGCUGACAAGGUUAUUACAGGUCCUGAAAUUAAGAUCACCAUUGACCCAGAUGACCUUAUAGCUGAUACUAUUGCAUUCUACAAAAAUUCUACUGCCUUUGAUGCUUCUAAGCGUGUUAGAGUGCAGUAUAAGAGCCAGCCAGCUGUUGACACAGGUGGAAUCCGUCGUGAGUUUUUCAAUGAUGCCACAAAAGCAAUAGCAACAUUUCCAGCCUUCAAAUUAUUGGAAGGAUCAGAUCAUAGGAAACUCCCUGCCUAUAACAGCACAUCAGUUUACUCAGGACUAAUGGAGGUCCUUGGACGAUUGAUAGGGCAUGGUAUACUCCAGUCUUUCAUUAGAUUUCCUUGCUUUGCCCCUCCAGUGUACUGGUAUAUUGCGACAGGUGAUGUCCAUAAAGCUCUGUGCUAUGUUACAGUUGAUGAUGUUAGGGAUGAAGAGGCAAGAGAGUUCAUAGAGAAGGUACUACUCCAAGAACCUGCGUGUAAGAUCCUUAAUUAAUUGUAGGCAAUGUAGGCUGAAUAGGUUCUUGGUUAAAUUUUAAAUUUUUAUGACGGAACUGAAUACUGCUUCCAUUACCCACAGAAAAAUAAAUUAACUUGGGUUCCAUUUAUAAGUAUACAGUUAAGUCAAACUCCUUGUUACAGUAUUCAUCAUAAUUUUACUGUAACUCACAUGUGAGAACUUGCUUGAUCUUGCUUGGCUAAACAGGUUCUUAUAUUUUGGGUCAUCAAAAUUGGAAAUUUCUUCCAGCAGGUUCUUAAACCGCUAGGUUCUUACACACAGGUCUUUAGUUUUUAAAGUAAUGUCAAUAGUAGGAAAUACAGGGAAACAUGUUAAUCUACAGUAUAAAUUCUUUAUAUCCUAUAGUUGUCUGGUGCAACCUCACCUGAACUCCAAGAGUUAAGGCAAGACUCAAAUUUCAUUUCCUUGUGUAAUGAAUGUGGCAUCUCAACAUUGCUGUCAGUAAGUGAAACUAGCAAAUAGAAAAUAGUAACUCCUAUUUUUUUCCUUAUUAUAUUAUUUGUAUAUGUUAUCUCUUUUCAUAUCCACACUUGGAAAUGUUGACAAAAGUCAGUGUUUCCGAAUAAAUUUAAAGUUAAUUACCUGUCAAACUCAACAUGCCCUUCCCCCUUCUCUAUUCCUGUGUGACUGUAGUGGUUAAAGCAAAGACUAUCGGUAUGUUAUGACCUAUUUAUUGUUAUACAAUUUAUUGUUGUAGAAUAUAUGCCACCCUUGUUGUCCUUAUUUGUUAAUGAUUUAGAAUCUGGUUUUAAAAGUUUGGAGAGUAGCCCACCCACAAAUGGAAUUUGCGAUGAUAGAUAGUAAAGCCAUUCCAUUUGUAUUGUUAUGGUUUGCUAGGAUGACAACAGAAACCUGAUACUGCAGUCACUUCUCUUACACUAUGUACUCAACUGGAAAAAAGGGUUGCUGGACCAAUUGCGUUCUGGGCUAAAGAGUUCCAAAGUCCUACAUGCUAUUGAGAAGAAUCCAACACUGUUUGAGACUCUUUUUGUGCACAGUGCUACGAGAUUAGAUGCUACAGCUAUUAAGGAUCUCUUGAAGCCAAAGAGUCCACUUUCCUCUGAUGAACAUCGCCAAAUAUGGGGUUAUCUUUUCCAGUUUAUAGAUGAAUGCAAUGAGACAGGUAAGAAAGAUGUGAUUUUUUUCUGGGAUUUCUUGUAUUUUUUCUCUGUUUUUAAAAAAGGUAAAAGUUAAGUCUGCAUAUGAACAUAGUGGCCCCUCAGGCUGGAGCUUAUCCCUGUUUCUGUAGCAUGAAGCGACUAGCUAGGAGUAUUUUUACUCCCCCAAGGGCUCAAACCUGGACCGCUUGAUCUGGAGAUGAGUGCACUAACCAUUAGGCCAAUGCACUCCCACACUUUCUUUCUGCAUGGGUGUAUUCUCCCAUCAGAUAGGUUUUAAAGAAAUGAGUGCAAUAUUGGUCCUAUUUAGUAUCCCUUGGUUGUUUUCGUUGGCUAAGUAAAUACGCUAAAGAAAAGUUUUUAUCUUAUCUCAUCUGGUCUCAUCUUAUAUAGUUCUGAUAUAAAGUUGGUGUCAAAGACUAUAUCUCUGUUUUAACCAAUAAAACCUAAUGACCAAAAUGCUGUAAUUUUCAUUUCAAAGACUUAAGAUUGCUACUGUUUGUUAAAAUGGAGGAAAACAGAAGUCCAAUUUCCUUUGCAGAUCUGAAGUCAUUCAUGCGAUUUCUUACUGGCUGUGAGUCCAUUCCUGCAGCAGGAAUAGAGGGAGGAAAAAUCACGGUUUCAUUCAACAAGGAUGGAACAGUAUUUUCAUCUGCUUGUUUGCAUUAG